AGUUCAAAUCCGAGUCUCAAGUUGAUUAAAUUGAUUUACCUGUAAUGAGCACUCUUCACCCUUUGUCUCUGUUCUCUCUCGAACUCAAUCUUUCUCUCCCUCUCCGUUUCCCUUUCCCUUGGCUCUUGGACAAAGACUUCGAAAAAAAAAAAAAAAAAACUUAAACCAUUUUAUACGCACAAAUACUUACAUCCUUCCUAUUAAUUCACGUCUCUUCUCCUUCGCUUGUUUCUCGAUUUACUUUGUUACUUGUAUCUCAGCCUGCCUCUUUCUCUCGCCCUCCGUUUUUCUUUACUUCAUUUCUUCUUUCGAUUUUUAUCACUGUAUUCGAUGGCUGAAGGCAAGUUGGAUCUACCCAACGAUCUCCUUUCCUCUAAACCCUCCGAUCGUCCCUGGACUUCGAAAGUUCAUGUAAUGCCAGGGGUUGCAUCAGGGGGAAAUGAGGGUAAGGUGUACUUGGGGAUACUUGAUGAUUCCAAAGAUCCUUUGACCUCUGAAAGCAGUGCCCCGCUGUCUCCCCAGUGGCUUUAUGCUAAAUCAAGUGAAAACAAGAUGGAUGUGUGUGCUCCAAUUUCUGUUUCUGUUGGAAACUCCAUUGAUUCCAACCCAAAGGAGAGCGGGCGUUUGGAAGGGUUGGAGGACAAAAAGGACUGGAGGAGGAGUGUUACAGAUGGUGACAGUAGCCGCCGCUGGCGUGAAGAGGAAAGGGAAACUGGUUUACCUGGCUGUAGAAGAGAUCGCAGGAAAGUAGAUCGUCGUAGUGACAUUGUUUCGUCUAGAGAUUCAGUUGAGAGUAGAGCUUUAGCGUCUUCUGAUCGAUGGCAUGAUGGUAACACACGACGCGAUAGCAAAUGGUCAUCUAGGUGGGGUCCAGAAGAAAAAGAGAAGGAAGCCCGAAGUGUGAAGAGGACAGAUGUGGAGAAGGAGAAGGAAGUUGCUCAAAAUGAAAACCCAUCUUUUGUAAGUAGCAACCAGUCAACUUCUGAACGUGACACAGAUGCUCAGGAUAAAUGGAGACCUCGCCAUAGAAGGGAUACUCAUUCUGCUGGUUCCAGUUCAUACCGUGCUGCACCUGGAUUUGGACUUGAGAGAGGACGAGUGGAGGGUUCAAAUGUGGGAUUUACCAUUGGACGAGGAAGGUCAAAUGUUAUUGGGAGGGGGGCUUCAUCUGUAGGCCCCAUUGGUGAAAGUGGCCCGGGGAAAUCUGGCCUUUCAGCUGAAACUUUUUGCUACCCUAGGGGGAAGCUUCUUGACAUUUAUCGUAGGCAAAAGACUGAUCCAUCUUCUGCUACUGUGCCCAGUGAAAUGGAGGAAUUAUCCCCUGUAACUCAAGUAGAUUUUAUUGAGCCAUUGGCUUUUGUUGCCCCCGACCCUGAAGAGGAGGCUGUCCUUAGUGAUAUUUGGAAGGGAAAGAUCACAAAUAUUGGGGUGGUAUACAACUUACAGGGACAGGGGAGAUCAACUGAUUUUGCCUCAGGUCCUGAAGACAUGGAAUCCACUGCAGGAAAGAUGGGAGUCCUCCCUGAAGAUCUUGAUGAGACUGUUCAGAGAUUGUCGGAAACUGGAAAUGUUGCAUAUCAAUUUGAUGACAAUGGUACCUUGAAGAAUUAUGGUUUACAUGUGAAUGUUUCAGACAGAACUCUCUCAAAAAGCAAUGGUGUCAGCAGUGCCAUAGGCAUUGACGCUGCUUAUCAUUAUGAUGAAAAUUGGCAAAUGGAGGAUUCAAGUUUGAAUAAACAGCCUCAGUUUGAUGACAUUGACUCUGCUGCUUUUGACAUUAGAUCCAAGCUUCCUGAUGAUUCAAGCUUUCUGUUGGAUACACCAUCAUCUGAGCAAAAACAGGGUAGCAAUAUGCAGCACUUCGGAAGUGUGGGGGAAGACUUAUUAAGGGGUACUCCACCAGAGCAACAAAUUUUGUACUACAUUGAUCCUCAAGGGGCAACUCAGGGUCCAUUUCUUGGUGCAGACAUUCUUUCAUGGUUUGAACAAGGUUUUUUUGGGACAGACUUACCUGUUCGCCUGGCUGAUGCUCCUGAAGGAACACCUUUCCUAAGUUUGGGUGAGGUGUGGCAACAUUUGAAAGAUAAAGAUGGGAAUGUCAGUACUAUUGACCGAAAUUCUGAGCUGGAAAAAUUGGACUCUUUUGGAGGAAAUUUGGAGGUUGCGUUACCCGUUUCUGCACCUGUUUCAGCAGUUGCAGUUUCAUCCUUGGUAAAUAAUGUGAGCCUACCUUUGUCUGAGUUUGACAGUCUCUCAACUCAACAUAUUCAGUCAGGAUUAUCAGAGCUUGAAGCUCCUUUACAAUUGCUCCGACCUGAAGGUCAAAGCAUUCAGGAUUUUGCUGCACAAGAUGAAGAAAUCUUGUUUCCAGGAAAAACAGGGGAUACUGGAUAUCCUAUUCUAAAAUCUUCUGGGAGCAUUCAUGAUACUAGUGUCCAGCCCUCUCAUCCAACUGAGUUGACAGAUUCUGGCAUUGCAGUUCAGAAUGAUAAUAAGUUGCACCCUUUUGGCUUGCUGUCAUCUGAGCUUGAAGGAACUCGCACAAGACCUACAAAUGUCCCUUUUGACAUGGGAAGAACUGCCCCAUAUGGUGCUAUGGCUGAUCCAACUCUUGCUGCAGAGACAUGUGCGGAUAUUCAUAGAAAAAACAUGCUUGCUGACCCCAUUGUGUAUCAAGAUCAUAUGGCUGCUCACUAUAUGCGACGCAUGGAACAGGAAUCCAACCAUUUUGAUCUAGCAGAGCAGCUUUUGUCCAAACAAUUGCAACAACAGCAGCUCCAACAACGAAAUAUGCUUUCUUAUACACGCCUUAAUGAAUCACUUUUAGAACAGUUGCCAAAUCAGAAUCUGAUUCUUCAACAACAGUUGACAAACCAUCUGGCUCCUGAUAUGGAACAUCUUUUGACUGUUCAUCUGCAACAACAGCGUCAGCUUGAACUCCAACAUCAUCAAUUGCAGCAACAGCAGCAGUUUCAUCAACAACAAAAGCUUUUGCAGGUGUGACAGCAAUCUCAAGCGCGACAGGUGCUUUUUGAGCAGUUGAUGCAUGGUCAAAUGCCUGAUCUUGCCCUUGGGCACUCACAUAUUGACACAAUAAGAGCAAACAAUGUUCUUGAUCAGGCUUUAUUAGAGCAACGCCUCUUAUAUGAGAUACAACAACGGUGUCAUCAUCCUCAAAAGUAUUUUGUUCCAUCUUUAGAUCAGCUUGUGCAAAUGAAAUUGGGUCAGGUGCCACCGCAAGAUAUUGAAAGAGAACUGUUUGAGAUAAUGUCACGUGCUCAAAAUGGAAAAACGUCAGUGCUGGAUCAUCAGAUUCUUCAGGACCAGAUAAGAGCUAGACAGUUAUCAAUGGGAUUAAGCCAGCGAACCAAUGUGCAUGAGGGGAUGCAUAUUGAUUCGAUUUGGCCAGCCGAUGAGCCUGAUCCGUUUCUUAGGAAUCUUUCAGGUGCUCACUCCUCAGGGUUUAGCCCACUAGAUAUUUACCAGCAGCAACAGAGGCCAUCUCAUGAGGAGCAGCUGGGUCAAGUUGAAAGGAAUAUUUCAUUACAAGAGCAGCUGCAGCAAGGAAUUUUUGAGCCUGGCUCACUGUCAUUUGAGUGGCCCUUGUCUUUGCCUGCUGGUGCUCCAGGGAUGAAUUUGGAUGCACUUAAUGCUGUGGCUCAUCAUCAUGGUUUAGAUGUAAAGGAGUUGAGCUCAUGUAUGCAAUCUGCUGGUCAUGCAGGGACGUUUCCUUCAAGUGUUCACCUUCAUAAUCUAGCCCCAAACCAGUUCAAUGCUUCACAUUUGGAUGCAGUGGAGGGUCACUGGUCUGAAAACAAUGGGCAGCUUGCGAAUGAGUGGGUGGAAUCUCGAAUUCAACAGUUGCACAUUAAUGCUGAGCGGCAGAUAAGGGAGCCAGAAGUUAAAAUGGGUUCUGAAGAUCCAAGUUUAUGGAUGUCAGAUAGGUCCCAUGAUGACAAGUCAAGGCAAUUGUUGAUGGAGUUGCUCCAUAAGAGAUCAGGUCAGCACCCUGUCGAGUCAUUGGACAUGGAUAUGAAUGGUGUACCAUUUGGAAAGAGGUCAGCAUCGGGAAUCUACUCUGAGUCAAGCUCUUCCAGUUACCCAUUCUGUAGUCAUCCUGAUCAAGAAGCAGGUCCAAACAAUUCAUUUACUGUAGGAUCUUACAGUUCUAAUUCAUCUGACCCACAGCAGGUUUAUGUAGCUGAAAGGAAGGCUACCAGUUUUGAUAGUAGUGAGAAAUUAUGGUUAAGACCUGAAUCUGGAACAUUAUCCGAGGGAGAAUCAUUUUUGUCGGGUGUGAAUGAUGGUGAUCGGGUAAUUUACACUGAUUCUAACAUGAUUGGUCAGUCAUCUGUAAACAAUGAGUUCUCCAAUGUGGAUGCAACGGACCAUGGGUCCAAGAGUGAUGAUAUGAUUAAGGGUUCCAUUUUUGAGGUUCAAGAUGGCAUGGCCAAGCAAGUAAGUUUGGCUACUUUAGAUCGGGUGGAGAUUCCAACUAAUGCUCUUAGCAGACAUAAUUCACAUGUUGCAGGUAGUGAUGCAGGUUUUUAUGAUUCUUUCUCAGAAGAUAUUUCCAAGGAUAAGGUGCAGGUCACAUCCGCGAUUCAAGAAAAUAUUUUGCCGAGACAUCCACCGGUCUCGUGUGCUUCAUCAUCCCAGGAAGGAUUGUCUGAUCUCACUUCUAAUCCAGCUUUGAGAGGAAAAGUUUCAUCUAGUGCUGAUGCUAGGCAAAAUGCUGGAGGAAAUUCUGUAAGCCAAGGUUCAGACAUGACUUGGGGGAAGAAAGAAAUGAGGUUUUGCCGCACCUCAUCCUGCAGCGAUGCAGAAGCUUCAGAGCCUUCAUUCAUAGACAUGCUAAAGAGUAAUACAAAGAAAAGUGUUACACCCGACACUCAUGCAACAAUGGGGAUGUCAGAUCAAGAUGGGACACAAGGUGGUCGAAGUGGUAAAAAAAGGGGAAAGAAAGGAAGGCAAAUUGAUCCGGCUCUCCUGGGAUUUAAAGUUACAAGUAAUCGCAUCAUGAUGGGUGAAAUCCAGCGCCUGGAUGAUUAGCCCAAGUAAAUUUGUAGUUUCCAUGUAAUGCCCAUUUUUUUAGUUUUAUAGGUUGAGAUGAAAAUUAUUUGAUUUUUUUUCAUAUACAUGUUCAUGCUAAUACAGGAAGAAAUCUGGUUAGGACUAGGAUAUUUUUUACAUCCAUAGUCUUGUACAGACUGAUCAUUUCUCUAUAGAAUCAUGUUGAAAACA